AUGUCGACUCAACGCAGUGGUCAUCUAGAAAGGACAGCUCAGGAGCCACGAGAUGAGAGCCUUCUGGAUGUAAGACUCGAGCGUGUAGAUCAGGUGAAUGAGCGAAUUAGGUUAUAUCGUCUCAAACUCGAGUCAGGGCCAACCAAGUUCUUAGCCGGUCAAUGGCUUGAUACAUACAUCCCCGGGAACCCCAAACCAGGCGGCUUCACACUCACAUCUACACCUCGCGCGGCUGCCGAUCCCAAGUCUCCCUACCUGGAGUUAGCAGUACAAGAAUCCCCAGAGAACCCUCCAGCGGCAUGGCUCUGGCAGUCGCCGUCCGAUAUUACUGGUUCCAAGCUACAGGUGCGUGUUGGAGGAAGCUUUGUCUUCCCACCAUCAGAGAUACCCGUCACCGACAUAAGCCAUGUGGUAUUUGUGGCGGGCGGCGUGGGGAUCAACCCACUCGUCAGUAUGAUGGGGCAUAUAGCUGAAGAGGGAUACAACCUGGAGGUUAAGGUUCUCUAUGCUAGCAAGUUACCUGCGCAGGGUCUCAAGGGUGUUCUUUUCCUGGAGAGAAUCAGAAAAUGGUUUACAGAAAAGGAACUUAUUGGAGAUUUGAAAUUUUUUACCACAGGGAUAUAUGACGGGCAGGUCGAGAGCCGUGAACUUGAUGUUCAUGAAAGGAGAUUCACAGUUGAAGAUGUGAAGGAGGCUGUAGAUGAGAAGAACAACAGUGUGGUAUAUGUCUGUGGCCCCGCGACGAUGACGGAUGAAAUAGUUGAUGGCUUAACAGGAGACAGGGGGAUGGACAAAAACAGAGUUAUGCUUGAGAAGUGGUGGUAG